AUGUAAAAGUUAAUGCCAGGGAGUAAUGGGCAUCUUAAUGAGAAGUUGAAACUAAAUGAAAUUGCUUAUGUAGGUGCUCAUAAUUGUGCAAUGUCGAAAGAGUACGGGUGGGCUUAUGCAUAAUAAAAUGUUACUAUUACUGAUUAAUUUGAAAAAUAUGGAGCUCGACACUUUAAAGUUCCUUUGCAUUGGUAUUAGGAAGGUUAGAGUCCUGAAAUAGCAGUUGCUCAUGAACCUAAUGGACGUUCUAAUUGUAAUUUGACUAUAAUUUAGAGAGGUUUCAAAAAGCCAGAAAAAGCAAGUGUGCGUUUAAAAGAGAUUGUAGAUUUGUCCUUUAAAAAUCCUUAUGAAAUUAUAAUAAUAAAAAUCGAAAGCAAAUUAAUGUGCAAAAGUAAAAGAAAUGGAACAAAGUUUUGGGAUCCCCUUUUAGUGAGUAUUAUGUUGCACAAUUUAUUUGUGCAAAUCAGAGCAGAUCAAAGAGCGAUUAGAAUUGAAAAAGAUGGGGAGAUUCCCACUUUAGGUUGGUGUAGAGAGAACCAAUAGACUUUAUUAAUUUGUAUAGAACCAAAAGAAUAAAUAUUUGGAGAACUAUCGAAAUACACCUAUUAUUCAUAUUCAUUGAGUGCAUAAGUGGAUUGGGAAUUAGACCCUCUUAAGGAUGUAAAAGAUGGAGGAGUAGCAAGAGGCAAAACAAAGGAAGAUACUGGGGAAAUAUUGUCUCCCUUUUUGGAGAUUCAUUAUUGCCCAGAAAACUCAUUAAAGUUAGAUUCUUCAUAUAAGAAGAAGUACAACUCAUACAAUCAUGGCAGAUAGAGAUUUUUGUAAUAUUAUUUCAAAUGCUCGAAAAUGCCGAACUUUUUAGUUGCUGAUUUUAUUGAUUAAGGAAGAUUAUCAGAUAUUGUAGAUGAUGUGAAUUUAAUAAUAAACUCUAAUGGCUUAUUCUAGCCAGAAUUGUUUUAAGUAUUAUGA